AUGACGCGAAUUGCAAUAAUUACCUUGUCCUCCUUGCUCCUAGUUGGGCUUGUGGGGGCUGUGGCAUUUGGUUUUGUAACAAAUUGGGGUAAUAAACUUGAUCAAAAGUUGGCUGCUUCAUCGAAGGCGGUUCAAGCUAUAUGCAAUCCUACGGACUAUAAAGAUGCGUGUGUCAAGAGUUUGGCCACGGUUAAGACAGAUGAUCCUAAGGAGUUAGUAAGAGCUGCAUUUGCAUCUGCAAUGGCGGAGUUAAAAGAGAUUGCCAGCAAUUCGACGAUCUUGAAAGUGCUCGAAAUGGAUCCUAAGACGGCUCAAGCUGUUAAAGAUUGCAAAGAGCUAUUUCAAGACGCAAUCGAUGAUUUCCAACGUUCAUUCGAUGAGAUUGGAAAGUUGGAUUGGAAUCAAGUCAAUUCUGUGCUUGAAAACCUUAAGAUAUGGAUAAGUGCUACGAGAACAUACCAAGAGACGUGUUUAGAUGGGUUCGAAAAUACCACUGGGGAUGCGACUGUGAAGGUCCGAAAGGUUUUGCAGACCUCCAUGGAGAUGUCUAGCAAUGGACUUGCGAUUGUUAAUGACUUAUCAACGUUGUUUAGCACCCUCGACAUCUCUUCAUUUACCGGGAGGCGAUUGUUAGCAAAUCAGGUGCAUAGGCGUCUAUUUGGUGACGACGACGGGAAUAAUGUUCUUCUCUCGGAUGACGAGGAGGAUCGUAAGAGAAGAAAGCUUCUUAACACGGUUCAUGUGGUUGGCCAUGGAAGUGACGAUUUACUUUUGCCAGAAUGGGUUGAUGGGUUUCGGCGUAAACUUUUGGCAUCCCCCAUGUUGACUGAUGAUCUAAAGGCUAAGGCAAAUGUGGUUGUGGCUCAAGAUGGGAGUGGUAAAUUCAAGACUAUUGAAGAAGCCAUAAAAGAGAUUCCAAGGGAUGGAAAGGAAACUUUUAUCAUCUAUAUCAAAGAAGGAGUUUAUAAUGAAUACCUAGUGCUUUACAAGUGGAUGACUAAUGUAGUUUUUGUGGGAGAUGGCCCAACUAAAACAAGGAUUACUAACAAUAAGAAUUACGCUGAUGGAACCAAAACAUUCAAGACUGCCACUUUGUCUGUUCUUGGAGAUUUCUUUAUGGCUAAGGACAUUGGAAUUGAGAACUCAGCAGGUGCAAUAAAACAUCAAGCUGUAGCAUUUCGUGCACAAUCCGACAAAUCCAUAUUUUUCAAUUGUCACUUUGAUGGAUACCAAGACACGCUCUAUACUCACACCUAUCGUCAAUUUUACCGUGAUUGUAAAAUUACGGGUACUAUCGACUUCAUCUUUGGUGAUGCGGCUGUAUUUUUCCAAAAUUGCACAUUUGUUGUUCGUAAACCACUAGAAAACCAAAAUUGCAUUGUUACAGCCCAAGGACGAAUGGAGAGGCAUCAACCAACUGGAAUUAUUAUUCAUAACAGUAAAUUUGAAGCUGAUCCAGAUUAUUACCCUGUUAGAAAUAAGAAUAAAGCUUAUUUAGGAAGACCUUGGAAAGAGUAUUCUAAGACAAUUAUUAUGGAAUCUGAAAUUGGUGAUCUUAUUCAACCUGAAGGGUGGUUGCCUUGGGAAGGUAAUUUUGGGCUUGAUACUAGCUAUUAUGGUGAGUAUAACAAUUUUGGUGAUGGUGCUAGAUUGACUAAUAGGGUGAAAUGGCGUGGAGUUAAGACUAUAGUUCGUACUCGAGCUGAGAAAUUUAUGCCACCAAUAUUGUAUGAAAAUGAUGAUUGGAUUAGAGAUUCUGGCAUUCCUUAUGAUCCCGCUUUGAUUGGCAUUGCACCAGGACCAGGAGCUUCAGGCUUUGAUGAAGAUCCAAAUGCACCAGCAGGAGCACCAUCCUCGUUUAUAGAUGAAUCUUCAUCAAGUGGCACUUCUUCAUCUGGAUCUUCUUCGUCAAGCUCUCAUGGUUCAUCAUCAUCAUCAAGUGGCUCUUCUUCGUCCGGAACAUCUGCUAAAAAAGGCUCUUCUUCAUCAUCUUCCGGAACAUCUUCAAACAAUGGCUCUUCUUCAUCUCAAUCUUCUUCACAAGGAGGUGCACAAUCCUCAAGUGGGACUUCAUCUGACUCAUCUUCUAGUACAAGUACGCCUGUAAUAGGUACAGGAGAUGCUUCUGAAGUUUCAUCUUCUGUAACUACUCCAGCUCCAGCACCAGCUCCUUCUUUAUUAGAGACCGAGCUCGCAACUCCGAGCCUAACACCCACCACAACCCCAACUCUUCCACCUAUAUCAACCGAAGAUACUACAGUCCAAGACACGGCCUCAAUCACUCCAACCCAAGGCACUACAGCCCAAGACACAACCUCCAGUACUAUUUCAAUCCAAGGCACAACCGCACAAGACACAACCUUGAGUAUUCCAACCAAAUAUACAACCUCUGAUACUCCUCCCUCAGGGGGUUCAACCCCAAGCCCUGCAGGAAUGAAGGUGCGAGUCGGCCCAGUAACAGUACGUGAGCUUGAAAGAAUACUAAUGGAAAAUGAAGAAAUGGAGGAAGAUGAAGGAGCAAAUGAUGACAUGUCAGGAAAUGUUCCUGAUGGUGAUGAGCCAAGCCCAGCUCAAGCCCUACCACCAAGCCCAGCUCCAUCAUCUAGCCCAAGUAUAAGCCCAAGCCCAAGCCCUUCAUCUACUGAUGGGCCAUCAGGGGAGAUUCCAGAUUGGCUUCCACCUGCUGGAGCACCUGAGGCAGAAGAUGAGGCUGAUAAAGAAGCUCCAGUAGUUAGUCCACCACCAAAAUCUAACUCUGGAUCACAGUCUAAAUUCGAGCUACAUGUCAUUUUUGGUGGGAUGGUUAUGUGGGUUGCUCUAUUCAUUUGAAUGGAUAUGUUAGGGCUAAAUCUGUAGUGUUUUCAUUUGUGUUAACUUUCUUCAGUUACCUCUUUCUUCUUAUUGUUAUUAGCCUUCCUUCUUUUUUCUUUUUUUUUUCUCUGUACAAUCUUUUAUGCAAAUUUUUUUACAAAUUUGUAACUUCUUUUUUUGAGGGAAAAAUUGCAACUUAUAAUUAGUGAUGAUCUCUUGAUUUCAUAAUAUAUUAUUGUCUUCAUUUCAUAAUAUCAGCCACUCAAUUCUAUGAUUAUUGCUAAUGCUCACUGAAUUCUCUACAAAGGCUGGAAAUUUGACUUUUUCGCCGAAAAUUGUGUUUUUUGGUACCUUUUAACAAAACUUAAAUUUAGAUUGGUAUAUCCCCACAAAACAAAUUUAGUUAGGUAUAUCCCUCACAAAAUGUCUUAUUACCCUGAUCUCACAAAAAACUCUUAAAAUCAUGACUAUAUUUCUUAAGAAAUCUUGAAGGUCAAUGCGAGUAAAUUAUGGAAAAUAAUGGGUGGUAUAUUAAACAAAUAGGAGUAGUGAAUUACAAUUGAAUGGUCGUAAGUGUAAUACAAUAAAUUGCAGGUUCUAUGCAGUGGCGUUAGAUCGUCAAG